AAGUGAAUCUGAACAAGUCGAAGGCUCUGAAACCAGAAGAUAAAAUGAAAACAUGAUCACGAAGCCGACGAUCCAAAGAGAGAAACUGCGGCGUUUUAUUUCAUAAAGAGACAGGUUGUGAGGGGGAAAUGACCAAGGAGGAUGUGCUGAGGGAGUCUUCAGUGGGAGACUCUGUCCUGGGACGGUACAGCAUUAUUUCCCGUAACUCUGAGAGACCGGUGAUCCAUCAGGUGGCAUCAGUGCCCAUGCCUUCAGACUGCGAGUUCUCCUUCUUUGACCCAAAUGAUCCUCUGUGUCGGGAGGUUCUGCUGGAUCCGAGGACCACUGUUCCCGAGCUCUUCGCUGUUCUCAGACAGUGGGUUCCUCAAGUCCAGCGGAAUAUUAGUGUCAUUGGCAAUGAGAUUCUGAAAAGAGGCUGUGGUGUCAAUGACAGAGAUGGUCUUACUGACAUGACUUUAUUGCACUACUGCUGCAAGGCAGGGGCUCCGGGAAUAGGUGACGCUGAGAGUGCUGCCAGUUUCGCCUGUCAGCUGUUGUCGCUGGGAGCCGAGCCAUCCUUACGCAGCCGCUGGACCAACAUGAACGCUCUCCACUACGCCGCAUAUUUCGACGUCCCUCCUCUCAUCCGUGUGGUUCUGCAGGCGUCACAGCCGGGAGAGGUGGAUGCGACCUGCAGUGAUUUUGACUUUGGCACUGCGCUGCACAUCGCCGCCUCGAACCUGUGUACCUCUGCAGUGAAGUGUCUGCUGGAGCUGGGAGCCAACCCCGCUUUUAGGAAUGAUAAGGGCCAGUGUCCGGCUGAUGUUGUGCCAGAGCCUCUAGACAUGCCUCUUGAAAUAGCUGAUGCCGCGGUCCAGGCUAAAGAGUUGCGCACACUGCUACAGGAGGUCCUCCCCAGACCCGACGAUGUCCUCCCGCUCCUGCCUGCCCGACCUCCAGGUCUCAUCUCGGAUAAAGCUCGUGCCCAGCUUUCAAGUAUGGGACUUCACAUUGGAGACAAAGUUAUCAUUGCUGGUCAAAAGGUCGGGACUCUGCGGUUCUGCGGCAGUACCGAGUUUGCUGGUGGUCUUUGGGCUGGAGUGGAGCUUCACCAACCAGUGGGCAAGAAUGAUGGCUCGGUAGCUGGCGUUCAGUACUUCACCUGCCCGAUUAAACAUGGAAUCUUCGCCCCCCUUUCUAAAGUCAGCAAACUAUCAGAACGCCGGAAAAGCAGUCCCCGCCAGCCCACCGCUCCCGUUCCCCACCCAAGACGGAUUGACUUGGCACGAGUCACGUCCAAGGUCAACACAGGUCUUCUUUCACGCAGUUGUUCCACCUCCUCUUCCUCUUUGGACUCCAGACAAACAUCCAGGCGACCACCGCGGCCACUCCCACGUCAAAGACCACCGCUGCGGCCAUGGCAGGAACGGACCCCUCCUAGCACCAGAUCUACUCCUCCUCCUCCCUCCCGUUCCCUCACCGCCACGCCACACUCUGUAAUUGCUCGCAGCAGGACCCCUUCAGCCAGCAGCACAACACAAGAGAGCCUAGAGGUGCAUUUGGGGGAGCGUGUAUUGGUGGUGGGACAAAGGACAGGGGUUGUCCGAUAUUACGGCAAGACCAGUUUUGCUCCAGGUAUGACACUGUUGACACCUUUCUAAGAACCUCAUGCAGUG